AUGUGGAGCGGGCUGGGGCAGGCGGCGACGGUGGCGCAGCUGGUCGGGACAGACGCCGGCAGUCUCGUCUCCGUGAUCAUCCAGGCGGCGGUGACGGCUCGUCGGAACAGGAAGGAGUGCGAGCAGCUCGCCCGCCGCGUCUUCAUGAUCGCCGAGCUGCUGGCGCACCUGCAGGACCCCGAGGUGAUGCGGCGGCCGGAGGUCCGACGGCCGCUGGCCGGCCUCGACGACACGCUCCGGGAGGCGCACGAGCUCGUGGCAUCCUGCCAUGGCAGGGCCGCGGCCUACCGGCUGUUGAUGGCGGGGCGGCAGGCCGAGAGGUUCAGGGACGUGCAGAGCAGGAUCGACUCCUACCUCCUCGUCUUCCCCUUCGUCAGCCACAUCGACAUCACCCGCCGCCUCGAUCGAAUUCACAGUUUGCUGCUUCCGAACCGCGACGCCGCCGCCGCUGCAUCUCCAUCUGCAGCACGGUCGCUCAACCAUGAACUGGUACCAGAUGGCGGGAGAUUCACCAUGGCCGAGCUUGCGGCGGCGACCGACAACUUUGCGACGGAGGGACAGAUCGGCAGGAGAAGCCCAGUGGACAAGAUGCACGUCGGAAGGCUCGCCGACGGGCAGGAGGUGGCCAUCAAGCAGAUAGGCGGCGGCAAUACAUGUCUGCCCGUCGCGGAGGAGUUCCGGGCAGAGAUCUCCAUCCUCUCCAUCCGCCACAGCCACAUCGUCCGCCUCCUGGGCUGGUGCAGCGCGGCGGAGGAGGACAAGCACCUGCUCGUCUACGAGUACAUGAGGAACGGCACGCUUGAUGACCACCUGCACGGGCCCCCUUCGUCGCCGUCGUCGUCGCCGGUGACCACGUCGUGGAGGACGCGCUUCGAGGUACUGUUGGGCGUGUCGCGGGCUGUCGAGUUCCUGCAGUCGUACGGCGAGCAGCCGGUGAUCCACCGCGACAUCAAGCCGUCCAACAUUCUGCUCGACGACGCCUGGGCGCCGCGCCUGACGGACUUCGGCUUGUCGCUCACCUGGGACGAGACGUCAGAGUCCAUGGAUCUGCCUGUCGUUGGCACGUACGGCUAUUCCGCUCCGGAGUACGUCGCUACGGGGAGAAUUACGCCGGCGAGCGACGUCUACAGCCUCGGCGUCGUGAUGCUGGAGUUGUUGACCGGGAAGCGAGCAAUGUUUGAACAAGGAGACGAGAGGAGGAGGAAGAAGACGACGAAGAAGACGAAGAUGCUGAUGAGCACACAUGGUAUUGGUGGCCAUGGCGCCCGUGAGAGCUUGGUGUGCUUCGCGCUGCCGAUCAUCAAGGCCGGGAAGGUGCGGGAUCUUCUCGACGAACGCCCGACGCCGACGCGGAGGCAGCUCGAGGCGGCGGGCAUGGUGGCUCGCACGGCGGCGCGCUGCCUGCGGCUUGAGAGCCGCAAACGGCCGGCCAUUUCGGAGGUCGUCGGCGAUCUCCAGGCGGCGCUCGAGCUCGUCCGUUUCGACGCGUAGUCUGUCUGGUAUGAGGUGAAUCUACAAAUAUUUGGCCUCGAUUUGAUCGGAAAUAUUGCUGAAAUCUAUAAUUGAUCGUUCUGCCAAACAUUUUGUUGCUGUCCAACAGUGGUACAUACAUACAUCUGUGUAACAAAAUUGACCUGAUGGCAAGUGAAAACUCAACUUU